UUCAUUGAAGUUCCCUCCUCCCUACCUCUCCCGAAUUCUUGACAUGAUCUCUCUCUCUUCGUUCUCUCUUACUUGCUGUCCUCUUCUUCAUUAACUUACUUUAAAUUCCUUCCACCAUGUCUGCCCACCACAUCCCUCUCUUUAGACCCCUCUCCACCAUCCUUCCCCAGCUCCCCGUUUUCUAACAAGUCUUCUUGCUCUACUGCUUUGCCUGAGAACCCGUCUCCCCGUCUGUCUACCUUUUUUCCCUCCCUCUCGUCUGGAUGUCGGGGCACCUGUACUAGUCCUCGCUUGAGUUGUGGCCCACCAAGAUGUCGGCUUUGCAGAAGUUGGAGAGCUUUGCCUCGCGGGUCUUCAGCCGUGGACCCCGCAGUCCAGCUUCGGGGAGGGAUCCGGCGCCCCCCAGCGGUCCUCAGCCUCCCAGCCUGCCUAGCAACGUACUGAGCUGGGAUCGGGAGAUGAAAGAAUUCCUGGCCAAAGCGAAAGAAGACUUCCUGAAGAAAUGGGAAAACCCAGCGCAGAACACUGCUCACCUGGACCAGUUUGAGCGCAUUAAGACUCUGGGCACUGGCUCGUUUGGUCGCGUGAUGCUCGUCAGACACAAGGAGAACGGCCAUCACUAUGCCAUGAAGAUCCUGGAUAAGCAGAAGGUGGUGAAGUUGAAGCAGAUUGAGCACACGCUGAACGAGAAGCGCAUCCUACAGGCUGUUAACUUCCCUUUUCUUGUGCGCUUGGAGUAUUCAUUUAAGGACAACACUAAUCUGUACAUGGUGAUGGAGUAUGUAGCAGGGGGUGAGAUGUUCUCUCACCUGCGUAGGAUCGGCCGCUUCAGUGAACCUCACGCCCGCUUCUACGCGUCCCAGAUUGUAUUAACCUUUGAAUACCUGCACUCCCUUGAUCUUAUAUACAGAGACCUGAAACCAGAGAAUCUGCUUAUAGACCAGCAAGGCUACAUACAGGUGACAGAUUUUGGCUUUGCCAAAAGAGUAAAGGGAAGAACUUGGACUCUGUGUGGGACCCCGGAGUACUUGGCCCCUGAAAUAAUCCUUAGCAAGGGGUACAAUAAAGCCGUGGACUGGUGGGCUCUUGGGGUCCUGAUUUAUGAAAUGGCCGCCGGUUAUCCUCCAUUCUUUGCUGACCAGCCCAUUCAGAUCUAUGAAAAGAUUGUAUCUGGGAAGGUCCGUUUCCCCUCACACUUCAGUUCUGAUCUGAAGGAUCUUCUCAGAAACCUCUUGCAGGUUGACCUUACUAAGAGAUUUGGAAACCUUAAGAACGGCGUGACAGACAUCAAGGGUCAUAAAUGGUUCAGCACCACAGAUUGGAUCGCAGUCUAUCAGAAGAAGGUGGAGGCUCCCUUCAUACCGAAGUGCAAGGGCCCAGGUGACACCAGUAAUUUCGAUGAUUACGAAGAGGAGGAAAUCAGAGUCUCCAUUACAGAUAAGUGCGCCAAAGAAUUCUCUGAGUUCUGAAGAGCGCAUUGAGAGGAGGAACCAUUACCCAAGACCUCCCUGAGAUCAAGCGAGACCGAUGGAGAGAACGCCGUUGACUGGCACACAAACUUCUCCUUCCCUUUCACACUUCCCACCUCUCUAGCUUUUAUUAGUGGUGCAGAAUCGACUUGGCGGCCAUCUUAUUUUAUCCUGGAUCUGGUGGUGCUGGUUUCGAUUGGUCCUGGAGAUUCUCCCCAGUCUCUGUCAUCCCCACUUCCCUCACACUUUUGCUUCUCUCCUUGACAGAUCAGAGGGGCCAAGAAAGUUAUUUAAAUGUGACUGGUUCCUCUAGGGUGGAGUCAGAACCUUAGGGGCAUGGCCUGUAUCCUUCAGGAUGUGGCCUAUGUUAAUUUUCUUUUUCUUUUGUUUAUUUUUUUUUUAACCAUUUUCAUCCGAAGAGCUUGGCUACUGGUUUUUAAUCCUUUAGUUUACAUAGUGUAUAAAUAUUGAACUGUUUUAAUCUGAAUUCUCUUCCCUGCCAAUCACUGUCCUGUUACCCGGCUUUCCUUGUUCUAGAAUGACUUUUAAACUGAAGUGCCAGUUUUUACCCCUUCCCUUACCUCACACUACCGUUUAGUUCACAUACCCACGUUUUUGCCUCUGGUUAACCCUCUUAUCCCAUCAUUAAAGCCAUAACCUUCUUCUGGUAGGUAGGUAGGUCCAAUCAUAUCUUUAUUGGCUGCCUCCUGUCUACUUUAAUCUAGUGUGGAAGAAGUGGUGGUGGUUAUAGGUGAGGAACCUCUCACUCGCCUCUUUUUUAAUGCAGCUGGCCGUUACUGCGUGUUUGUUUGGGGGACUAUGGUUCAUCUACAUUAUACAGAGAGAACUUGCUUCCUACUUGCCACGACAGUGGACCGAAGGCAAUAAGGCCCUAUGGUUGUCAUUAGCAUGAGCCGCCUGGUUGUCAUCUGUUUUGGUGACCUGCUUACAGUUGACACAGGUAUUGAGAGAUUUUAGGCUAUUACUCUUUGAAAUUCACACGCCAUCAACUUUUAUUAGGCUACUUUAGUCCGUGGACACGGAGCCUAGACAACAUGGCCUUCGAGGGCCCAGAUAAUACAAGGGGGCUUCAACUAUACACUAGGUCUAAGCAUUGUUGUCAGCUACUCUCUGCUAUGAGUGUUAGGCCAAGAGUUGAGUCUGAAUGUGCUCCGUCCUGUUACAUACCUUACAUGGUUCUUGAUUUUGUUAUUAAGGAGACCGCCUUGGUGACGGUCCCGCCAAUCCAUCACACACUAGCGGUACAGUCUUAGAUGUUACCCACAAUAAUGUAGUGGACAUAGUUACAUGUUUGCCAUGCGUAGGUCACCUUUUAGUGAGAAAAUCACAGUGUAUGUAUUUAUUUUUUAUCUUAUCUAUGGACUUUUUGUCCCGGAGCGUUCAUACAGGACGCUAUAUCCUUCAUGAACCUGACUGCUUGUUCCUCAGCUCUCUCCUUCCAAAUAAACGUCUGAAGGGGUUGUACAAGAAUAGAAAAACGUGGCUGCUUUCGUCCAGAAACGGCACCACCCUUGUUCAUGAGUUGUGUCCAGACACAUAGCCCAUGGAUGCAGGUGGCGUGGUUUAUGGUGGAAAGCAGCCAUGUUUUUCUAAUCUCAAAUAAGCUCAGAGACUUGAGGAGAAAGGGUUCAGUUUUGGAUUUGGGGACCCUGCAGCUAGAAACCGACUUAGACUCCUGUCUACAAGAGUAUUCUAUAAUCAAAUGCCAAAUCUUGACAUGUUCCAUGGAUCAUCUCUGGUUCUCCUCAUGCCCAGUAGACUAGGGAUUUGGGUCAGUAGUUGGCACCCAAGUUGGAGGCACAACUAUUAUUAUUAUUUUUUAUUCUCCAGCAUGAAGUUGGUUGAGACCUGAAUGUUCGGCCGCUCCUUUUUCAACCUGUUACAUUAUGGCAAAUGAAUGGGGGUUUGGCUUGGGAGCAGUCAUUGAUGUUGAGGGAAGUGGGAUAAUUUGGGGGCAGAUCUGUGAAUUUCUAUUGCGUUUUCACUUAAAUAAAUUCUAUAUAUAUAUAUAAAUAUAUAUAUACACACACACAUUCACUUCUUACAUGUGUUAUACUGUAAACAUUUGAGACAAAAUUACCAAUAAAGUUUUGU